AAUGAAAUUAUGCCUGCCUUGAAACUUAGCUAUGACUAUCUUCCUUUCCAUCUGCAACAAUGUUUUGCCUAUUCUGGAUUGUUUCCUGAAGAUUACAAUUUCAGAAGUGACGAACUGAUCAGUCUAUGGAUCGGACUAGAUAUUUUGAUACCCAAUGGGCAAGACCAAACAUUUGAAGACAUAGGUCUGAGCAAUUUAAAUGAGUUAGUCACCCAUGGAUUUUUCAGAGAAGAGAAAACUAUGUAUGGUCUGCGUUAUGUUAUGCAUGACCUGCUGCAUGAUUUGGCAUUGAAGGUUGCAUCUCAUGAUUGUCUUAGUUUAAGUCUCCCUGGUGUUGGAUCAGUAGAGAUUCAGCCAACCACCCGUCACUUGUCAAUAAGCACAUAUGGUUUAGGUAUAUAUGAUGCAGUGUCUGGUAAAAAAUUGAAGAGUGAAUUGGAAGAACUAAAGACAAGAUUUAAGGUUGAAGAUUUGCAAACAUUAAUGUUAUUUGGAGAAAUGGAUGAAGGUUUUGUCAAGAUAUUUGGUGAUUUUUUGGGGGAACCGAACACUCUUCGUGUUCUUCAUUUGCCCAAAAUGCUUUGUCCCAUGGAGUUCAUGUUACAUAACUUUUCGGGACUUCUCCACCUACGAUACCUAUGUCUAGGGACAGAUGAGAGCCAGAUGCAUUUACCACUUAGCAUCUCUAAAUUUUAUCAUUUAAGGAUUCUAUAUCUUGAUUUGUGGGAUGGCAGCUGUGAUUUGCCCAAAGACAUGAGCAACCUUGCUAAAUUGUGCCAUUUUUAUGUUCCUAGUGAUGAUCAGCUUCAUUCUGAUAUUUCUAAUGUCGGGAAACUUAAACUCUUAGAAGAGUUGAAGGUAUUUCAAGUCAAUAAAAGAAGUGAAGGGUUUGAAACAAAGCAACUAGAGCACUUGACCAAGCUAAGGGAGCUUGGCAUCUACAACCUUGAGAAGAUAGAUACAGCAGAAGAAGCAACUCAAGCAAAACUGAUGGAGAAAAAUUACUUGAGGAGGUUAACAUUGGACUGGGAUAGUAAGCGAUCUAGUGUUGAGCCUGGUGUGGAAGCAACGGUUCUUGAGGGCCUUCAACCACAUGGAGAUCUUCAAGUGUUGUGCAUUAGAGGGCACGUAGGUCCUUCUUGUCCAACAUGGCUGGGUGAUGAGUUCGCAGUUGAAGGUCUACAAUCUCUUUAUCUGGAUGGUGUUUCUUGGGAACUUUUCCCUUCUUUAGGGAAGGCAUGGGAUCUUCGUGAAUUAAGGUUUGAGCAUAUUGACAGACUGAAGGAGUUUAUCAUAGAGAAAAGCUUUUGCGUGCUAACAAAGCUUAAACUCAUUGGCCUAGGAAGUUUUGAAAAUUGGGUUUACACAGGUGAACAAGAGUCUUCCAUUAGUGGAGAAUUGUUGCCACCGGAUGCUCAUAUGUUCCCUCUUUUGCAAGUUCUGGUUAUUAGAGAGUGCCCGAAACUAUUGGGGUUGCCUUUCUCAAACCACAUU